AUGGGGUCAAUACAGCACCGCAGUUACCAGGCCAUGGAGUUCUGGUCGGGAAUCGUGGAGUCUCACUCGCCACAGAAGAUCGAGUUUCUGGGAACACUCCUUGUUCAAGUCUUCUCAUUCUGGCUACCAUCUCUUUUCUAUCUAUGGCUGGAUACUAUUGCCCCAUCCUUCUCACAAAAACAUAAGAUUCAACCGGCCCCCAAGCAACCCACGCGACGCGACAUCACACACUGCUUUCUCGUCGUAACACAAAACCAGAUCCUCUCAUCUGUCUUGCACCUCACCCUCCUUUUCAUUUCGAGUAAAGCAGGCUCGCGAUCCUCAUACCGCAUUGAAGCUUCUUUACCCGGAACCACCGAAUUUGCACGCGACUUCAUAUUAAGCAUACUUCUACGCGAGGCGAUAUUUUACUACAGUCACCGUCUCCUACACAUCCCUUACUUCUAUCGAAGAAUUCACAAGAAGCAUCAUCGAUUCACCGCACCGAUUGCGCUUGCAGCGCAGUUCGCCCAUCCUCUUGAGCAGAUUUUCGCCAAUGCCUUGCCUAUUUCGUUGCCGCCGCAGCUAUUGCGGAGUCAUGUAUUGACAUUUUGGGCUUUUCUUGCUUGGGAGCUGUUCAAUACUGCAACUGUGCAUAGUGGGUAUGAUUUCUUUCAUAACAAGGCCAAGAUGCAUGAUUUGCAUCAUGAGAAGUUCAAUUUGAAUUAUGGGUCUGUUGGAUUGCUGGAUUGGAUACAUGGGACGGAUAAGCUUGGCAAGCGACAUUCCGAAUAG